CCCCGCCGAAGCCUCCAGUUGCGAGCGAGCGUACGAAGCACAGACGCUAACAUUGAGACCAUCCGGCCGCCGACGCCAACCGCACACACCGACCUUUCGCGUUUCGCGCACCCUUUCGCGCGACUACCAUGCUUUAGGGGUGUCGACCAGUGUCGUCUGUCGUGUCCUCCAGUGUCCCUUUGGCCGUGAGAGAAACGUAGAGAGCAGCGUCGCGCCGCGCCAUUGUGUCAGGCACAAGCGCCCGUAACUCGCAGCAUUCGACGCGUCAGCAGCGCACACACUUUUCUCCUCGUGCAAACUAAAAAAAGGUAGCCAUGUUUGACGUGUUCGGCUCCGUGAAGGGGCUGCUCAAGCUCGACUCUGUCUGCAUCGACAACAAUAUUUUCCGACUGCACUACAAAGCGACGGUCAUCAUUUUGAUCGCCUUUUCGCUGCUGGUCACCUCUCGGCAAUACAUCGGUGACCCCAUUGACUGCAUCGUGGACGAGAUUCCCCUCAACGUGAUGGACACCUACUGCUGGAUCCAUUCCACCUACAGCAUCCCUAACCGUUUCGAAGGAACGACGGGCAAGGACUACGCACAUCCAGGCGUGGGUCACGAGGAGGUGGGGAAGGACACGCGGAAGCACCACAAGUACUACCAGUGGGUGUGCUUCGUCCUCUUCUUCCAGGCCAUCCUGUUCUACGUGCCGCGCUACAUGUGGAAGACGUGGGAGGGCGGCCGCGUCAAGAUGCUGGCGCUGGACAUGAACUGCCCGGUGAUCAGCGAGGACUGCAAAUCCGACCGGAAGAAACUGCUGGUCGAGUACUUCGCCAACAAUCUGCACACGCAGAACUACUACGCGUACCGCUUCUUCUUCUGCGAGGUCUGCAACUUCAUCAACGUGGUGCUGCAGAUCUGGCUGAUGGACUCGUUCCUCGGCGGCGAGUUCACCACUUACGGGCCGCGGGUGAUCGCCAUGUCCGAACUGGAGCCUGAACAGCGCAACGACCCCAUGAGCACCGUCUUCCCCAAGGUGACCAAGUGCGAAUUCCACAAGUUCGGUCCCUCAGGGUCGAUCCAGAAGUUCGACGGACUCUGCGUGCUGCCCCUGAACAUCGUCAACGAGAAGAUCUACGUCUUCCUCUGGUUCUGGUUUGUCUUGGUGGCGAUCGUGACCGGCUUCGCGCUGCUGUACCGCUUGGCCACCAUCCUGCUGCCGACCCUGCGCCUGAGUCUCCUGCGCACCCAGUCGCGUCUGUCGUCGCUCGAGAGCGUGCGCACCGUGGCCGAGAAGUGCAAGGUCGGCGACUGGUUCGUCCUGUACCAACUGGGCAAGAACAUCGACCCGCUCAUCUUCAAGGAGUUCAUGUCCGACCUGUCCAAGAAGCUCAACGGCAAGGACAACAUGGUGUGAGUGCGGAUUCGGAGGAGCGAGACCCUCGCGUCGACCCCUCUCAGUACCCACCAACCCUCUUCAAGGGCGGCGGCCGAGGGUCUCUGAAUGUUAUUAUGUGAACUCUGUGAUCGGUCAAAAGACUGUACGUUUACUGCUGCAGUUCGCCUCACUCCAAAAAUCGGCCCGAUUGAGCUAGGGUGUCAACGAUGAGGCUUCCACCACUUUGUGGGUCAAUUAUUUACAUGAAAUUCUCCCCGUCGGAAAUCGAACGAAUGAAAUUUUUAAUAUUUGGGAACUAUGGUCCGAAAUCGAAAUGACCAAAUGCACAAAGUUAAUUUUAAGGCGCAGAAUCAAUCGAUCAUUAGCUCUUGAUCUUCUUGGCAUUGCCAUUUAUUUGGUGUGUACAGUCAAAUUGCACUAAACAAUAAGACAUUUCUGGUGAAAAUUUGAGGGCCCUGUUCGGUUUGCCGAGGCGCUGGCGUCUCUUCCAAAUUGAAUCAAAAUUUUCAGACCCGGCCCGGCGGACCGUACGGACAAUCCCUCGCAUUUUCUAGGGCGUAAGAAAAGCGUAUAAUUGAGAGAAUCGUUUACAAUUAGAGAGAAUUCAGCUAAUUAAUAGUUAUCUCAUCGCUAAUAAUUAAUUAAUAAAUGUAUUUUUAAAUUGUUUCUUUUUUUGUUAGUUGUGAGAGAAAGAUGAAGAAGUGUAUUAAGAGAGGAGUGCGAUGAAAAUUUCAAAAAAAUUGAAAGAAAUUAAAAAGAAAAUCGUGCCCCUUUCUCGUGUCCAAAUUUGUAUAGACGAGUUUUGCAUCCAAAUGUAUUUAUUGCUGACUUUGAUUGCCAUUAUUAUUUCUCGUUGCAGAGAUGGUUUUUUUCUCCAAAUUUUCCCCGAUUUGGUAAUUUGUAGACUUUUGGAUUAGUAAGACAAACCCUGUUCGCCGCGCCGAUCAUUUUUUAUUCAUUCAUUCCCGACUAAAGUGUUCAUCAUCGAAUUAUUCACGUAUUGAAAUUCAUUAAAUUCAGUGCCUUAUAUUAAUCGCUCCAAAAAAAGGGUCGCCCGCGAAUUCCUCAUUCCUGAAAAAUCGGAACUCGCACCCUUUGCAUAAUAAGUACAGUAUCGUUGUCAAUUAAACGCCAACCAUGCGAAAAUAUUAACAAACGUUUUAGAGACGGUUUAUAACCUUAGUGGGAUUUCGAACAAGCAGCUCACAAGUGACAGAAAACCGUGGGACCAAUUUUUCUCUUGACUUGCAAGGCUCAAACCUAUGAUCAUUCCUGUUUUUGAUGAAUUGAUAUUAAACAAUGAGAGGAAUGUCUUACUAAAUUAUAUUUUGUAAAAUGUUUUAAAGACACACAGACACACAGAUUAAGAAAAUAAAAACGAAACUUUUAAUAUAUAA